AUGACCAUCUCCCGAUGGACGCCGCUCACGAAGUACCCGCUAACCUCAACGAUCAACAAGUGCUUUCCACAGAGCGCAAAGAAGAGGGGGGUUCAUAAAGCUGAUAUUGUGAGCGACAAGCUAUGUGAUGAUAUUCUUCAACGCGUCUCGCCUUUUUUGCGCAAUAAACCCCCGGUGGAUAUCAUUGAUCUGUGGCCUGGAGCUGGGCUGUGGUCAUCGAAGGUCAAUGAUUUCCUAAACCCGCGACGGCAUGUCCUCGUCGAACCGAAUUUGGCAUCGUUCGAGUCUAUUCUCAAGCCUCUGGCGAAGAGCAAGCCAUGCUACGACCUACAGUCCAUGGAGAUCGACAAAUUUGAUGACUGGGAGAAUUUUAUUUCAAAACAUCUGCCGGAACAGGGAACAUCGAGUCGCGAUAGUUCUGGCUCGUUGGCCAAGAACCAUAGUUUGCUUGUUCUUGCCAACCCUCCCCCGAAUAAGUCCAAGCGAGAUCAUUAUACACCGGCACGAUGGUGGUCAAUACUUAUGGAGACUUGUAUGCGGCAGUCAGGGAUCAAUAGCUAUGGCAGUGUGCGGCUUCUGGUCACGAUGCCAACAGCUGAAGCCCUGGCGGUUAUGCCACGAUCCGUCAUCGACCGCAAGCGGGUAUCUCUCUUGACAGAGAGCAUAGCAGGCCAUGUGUUUGAAGUUGCAGGUACUGACAGCUAUGGUAUGUGGUCGAGUUGGAAAGGCCUUGGUUUGAUCAAUGACAACGCGGCUCGUGUCGCUGAGAGGGCUGCGGAGCAAAACGUCGUGGUCCCUGCUGGACGAGAAUUGCCUCCUCUUCCAUUGGCGCCAGAAAGCCCGGAGGGCUCUUCAAAAAUCCAUUGCCCCCAUGCUCCUCGCCUUAGGACUAACAUGCACGAUAAAGUCUCUGAUAUUAUCCACUCCUCCCAGGGCGAAAAACUCGAUGCAGUGACCUCCAAACGUCGACAGCGCGCUCUGUCCCAACUGAACUUGGACAAUCGGAAAGCUUAUACGCGUGAACAGAUGGCUAUAAAGCAAAGGGAGCUCAAUGGGCAGGUCAAGGCCUUGUCAAGAGCAGCGGCGGAUCCAAACAUAGACAACGAGGCACUGAAGUCGGUGGGGGACAAGGCCGAGGCCAUGAAAGCCGCUCUUCUGGAGGAAAUCUCUGCCUUGCACUUCGAGAUCCAAAGAGAUCUCUCGAACCAGUCCGAUGAUGUACGAGCCAGCAUCCAGUCUGGUAGCUUUGACAGUGCUAUCCUGCAAUGGGACCGUCGGCCAUUUGAGCCAUUGUUCAUUGAGCCAGAGGAGCUUUUCCCCCGAGAAACCACCGAAACCAUGAUCUAUUUUGAAGCGAAUGCCAAUUCAAGCGUGAUACAAAGGAUCAACGCACUCAGCCCUUCUGAGCAGGGCGACCUCUUCCGGCUGUUUGACGCGCUGUCUCUUUCCUUUAGCAGCCGCAGCACCAUGUCAACAGCAGAGCUUCUUAAAUUGAUAUUCCCCGAUCGAACCAUUAAUGACAUUGUCCGAUCGGUACCAAGCUUGUCGAUCUUUGCGUGGAAGAGCCUGAAGUCCGAUUUUGCCAAUUGGCCGAGGACCGUCCAGGGGAGUGCUACAGAGCAGGAAACGGGCCAGCUCGACCCGGCUGCGUGCUUCCAGGAGAACCUGGAUUAUGAUUUGAGCGGAGUACCUCUCCGGAUUCUGAAUGUUACCACAUUGUGGGAUAUUCUCUUUGAGUAUCACAAACAACCUAUGAAGAUAUCCUCGAUGCAAUUGAUUCGACUGCUGGGGGGUUCGUUAACCGCAUUCAGAUCAGGCGAAUACGGUGACGUUUCUCGGAAGAGGUUGCAUUGA